UAUCCAUUAUCAACUAAAAAGGUCUACAUUCAUCUUCUAGAUUGGAAUUUCCUACCUAUGAUAAUUAUCGAAAGCAUAUUAACUUACAGCAAAUUUUUCGAAAUGAAGUAUAAUAUAGUUGUACUUUGCAAGCGACCAAAUAACUCGGGAAACAAAGGACUGAAAACAGUAGCAAUUAUAGGAGGAAUUACAGCUGGAGCUAUUUUAGGACCUCUUGCAGUUGUCGGUGCUGUCGGAGCAUUAGGGUUUGGUGCCGUCGGCGUCACGGCAGGAUCUAUAGCAGCAGGAAUCCAGUCAGCCGUAUAUGGAGGGAGUGUUGCCUCUGGAAGCAUUUUUGCCAUUUGUCAAAGCAUUGGAGCUGCUGGGCUUGGAAUUGCUGGAACAGCUUCAUCUGCAGCAGCAGGUGCUACUGUUGGUGGUAUCUUUACUGGCAUAACAACUAAAAUUAUUGGAUCUAACUCAAAUGAAGUAAAAAUUUCGGUAUCUGGAUUAAGUAAAGUAUCUCCUAAUAAUUUGGUUGGAUAUAUCAAUGCACUUAUACUUGAUUCCAAUAAAACUAUUAUUAUUCAACUUAUGGAUAAGUCACCUUUUGAAGUAAACAGUUAUUCAGCAAUAUUGAAAACUAUUGACACAUUCGUCGACGCUGACACACUAGAUGCUGACAAAACUGCAUUUAAAAGCGUUGAUGUAGUGUUUCUUUUUGAUGAAACAACAGAUAUAAAUGAUAAUUAUAACAUAUUUAAAGAUUUUGGAAAAGAUCUAGAACAAUAUGCUAAAAAAACUGUUAAAGUAAUUAUAGCUGGCAGCAAAAAAUAUUGUGAAGAGAACUGCAAGACCUGUCGUGAUUUCGCUCCAUCAAUACCCAAAGAGAAUUUCUUAACUGUUAUUUUAAAUUCAUAAUCAAGUAAAACGAAUGAAUUUAAAUUGUCUGAAAUCUAAAUUAACAAAAGUAUAAAUGUGAAAUUCUAAAUAAAA